AUGGCGCAGCGUGCGAUGUGCCUGCUUCGGCGCUCCAUUGUGUUUACAGCGCCACCGGCACAGAGAGCCCUGAGUACCACUGCCACACCGGCGGCGGAGGGUGCGGCGGUGGCCGAGGAGGCUAAAGGCGAAGAGGAGGAAGAAGAAUCUGUUCGAUGUGGUGCAGUUCCUGCCAGAGUGGGGCAUUGGAUACAAGGUUGCCAAGACCACCUGGCGCGAUGUAUCCUACCAGAUCACCAAGAUCAACCUAUACAAGGUGAUACAGUCCCCUGA